AUGGAAGACGGCAACCUGACAGACGUAAUCAAUCUGAAAACCGACACCCACUCGUACCAUAUCCGUUUCACCAGCUUCGGAAACGCCGGCAGCAAGCCUCUGAUAUUCAUCCACGGCACGCCAUGGUCGUCAAAGGUAUGGGUGCCGUUGGCACGGGCAUUUGCUGAGAGUUUCCAUGUCUAUCUCUUCGAUAACCCGGGGUACGGCGAGUCGCCGGGCGGAACGCCGAUAUCAUCUUCUGGGAAGGAGCUUGAUGUGUCGUUGGCAGGCCAGGCCGAAGCAUUUGCGAAGCUCGUCGAAGCGUGGAAACUUCCUGGGCCACCCCAUGUCAUAGCCCAUGAUAUUGGUGGCUUGAUUUCGCUUCGGGCAAAUCUGUGUCAUGGUGUGGAGUACGCAAGCUUGUGCCUGGUCGAUGCAGUGGCGGUCACCCCAUUUGGGUCGCCUUUCUUCCGGCUCGUGGCCGGCAAUUCGGAUGUAUUCAACAUGAUCCCGGAUGGCCUGAUGGAAGGUCUGAUUCGAGCAUAUAUACAAGGGGCGGCGUUCAAGCGUCUGGGUCAGGAAGUCGAGGAUAUGCUCGCAGGGCCAUGGUUAGCCACUGGGCUUCAGCGGAAGGCGGGAUUCAUCCGGCAGAUGAAGCAGGCCGAUAAUCGACAUGUAGAAGACGUGGAGCCGAGGUACCAUGAAGUGGGCGAGAGGAUUCCUGUGAAGAUUAUCUGGGGCAAGGAAGACGCUUGGAUUCCCGUCGACAGAGCGGCCAAGCUUGGAAAAAUGAUCGGAACAGAUGAGGUUGUCAUCGUGGCAGGCGCGGGGCAUCUGAUUCAUUUUGAUCAGCCGGUCCGAUUGGCUGUGGAGUUGUCAAGUUGGCUGGCGAGGGUUGCCUGA